AUGGGAGGAACUGGGGAGGAGAGCGCCUUGGCGGGGAUGAUGGGCCCCGUGCUCGACAAGCUCGCUAGCCUCGUCGAGAAGUACACCGAGCUCAAAAACGUGAGGAAGAAGAUGGAGCAGCUGAGGAAGGAGCUGAUCGCCAUCAACCUAGCGUUGGAGAAGCACGCGGCCAUGGAGAGCCCGGACGCGCAGGCGAAGGCGUGGGCGGCGGAGAUGCGCGAGCUGGCCUACGACUUGGAGGACAGCAUCGACCUCUUCACCCACCACGUCGACCACGAACCGCCGGACACCACCACCGGCGUCAAGAGGUUCUUCCUCCGGAUGAUCCGGAAGCUCAAGAAACUCCACUACCGCCACAGGUUUGCUCAGGAGAUCAAAGAGCUUCAUGAUCUUGCCAACGAAUCGUACCGGCGUAGAAAGAGAUACAGGAUUGAGGAGGGCGGUUCUAGCAUCUCGCACGCGGAGAUCGAUCCUCGGUUACAGGCACUCUAUGUGGAGGUGGAGAAGCUCGUGGGCAUCCAGGGCCCAAGCCAGGAGAUCAUUGGCCGGCUCGUCGGCGAGAACCCGCCAGCAGAGCGACAGAGGGUUGUCGCCAUUGUUGGAUCUGGAGGUUCAGGCAAGACUACACUUGCUAAACAGGUGUACGAGAAAAUUAGGGGCCAAUUCUCUUGUGCAGCUUUUGUGUCUGUGUCGCAAAAGCCCAAUAUGAUUAGCCUUCUAUGGGAGUUUCUAUCUCAAAUUGGGAGCCACGGUGGAGAUUUAGGAUUGAUGGCAAUAGGAUCUCGCAGCGAAAAGCAACUGAUUGACAGCCUAAGAUCACAUCUUAAAAAUCAGAGAAAUGAUUUUCACUGCUUCACAAACUUGCUUAUAGGUAUCGUUGUGAUAGAUGAUGUUUGGACAAAGUCAGCAUGGGAAACCAUACAAUGUGCUCUUCCUAAUAAUGGCCAUACAAGUAAAGUAAUUAUGACAACACGUAUCAACAGUGUAGGUCAGUUCUCCUGCACUUCAGAUGAGGGUUUUAUCUAUCAAAUGAAACCUCUUAGCAGAAAUGAUUCUGAAAAAUUAUUUCUGAAAAGGACAUUAUGUGAUGAAGAUGAGUUCCCUGUUCAGCUGGAGGGGAUUAAAGAUGAGAUAAUUGAAAAAUGUGAUGGUUUGCCACUGGCCAUUGUUACUCUAGCUAGCAUGAUAGCUACUAAACCAAGAACAGAGGAAGAAUGGGAGAGGGCACUUAAUUCUAUCCAUUCUAUGCACGAAAAAGAUAGUGGCCUGGAAGUGAUAGAUAAGAUACUGUCUCUGAGUUACAGCGAUCUACCUCACAAUAUGAGAAAUUGCUUAUUGUAUCUGAGUACAUUUCCAGAGGAUCACAUGAUUUACAAAGAUAUCUUAGUAUGGAGAUGGAUAGCUGAAGGAUUUAUCACUGAAAAACAAGGCUUCACUUUGGAACAAGUUGCUGAGAGUUACUUUUAUGAGUUUGUAAACAGGAGUUUGGUCCAGCCCAUAACCUUGCGUUCAAGAUAUGAAACUCGUGGAGAAGGAGGAUGUCGAGUCCAUGAUAUUGUAUUGAACUUCCUCAUCUCUCGUUCAACUGAAGAAAAUUUUUUAACUAUGUUGUAUGGCCAGGGGGUUCCAUCUUCAGAUCAAAGGAUUCGUCGGCUCUCUGUCUGGGACAAUCCAGAACAUGCACUGGCAGUCUCUCGAGCAACCAUGAAUCUGUCCCAUCUCCGGUCAGUUAGUAUAUGCAAUGUUGGAGGUUGGACUAUGCCUCCUGUUUUAGACCUACCUGUCCUUCGAGUGUUAGAUCUAGAGGGAUGCCGUGAUUUGAGGAUUGUUGACCCUGAUUGCAUUUUAAGUUUAUUUCAUCUGAGAUACCUGGGGUUCUGUAGUGCAAGCGGUGUUGUGCUACCGGAUCAAAUUGGAAAUCUACACAAACUGCAGACCAUCGAUUUAAGCGGGACUGGAGUAACACAGCUGCCAGAAAGUAUUGUUCGGCUCAAGCGACUGAUGCAUCUUAUUGGUCAACGUCUCAUCAUGCCAGAUGGGUUUGGUAACAUGGAAUCCCUUCAGGAAUUAGGGACUAUUGAUUGCUGGAAGUGCUCCAUCAAUUUUGGGGAAGAUCUAGCACUUUUGAGCAGAUUGAGGGUGCUCCGAGUGACUUUCAUUGGGCUCGAAACAAGUGAUGUGGAAACUAGAAAGAAAUCUUUGAUGUCGUCCCUCUGCAAACUUGGAGGAAACAACCUUCGGCAUGUCACUAUUAAUGACCAUGUUGGUGGUGGAGAUUGUUUUGUGGAUUCGUGGUACCCGCCUCCACGUCUCCUCCAAAAGUUCAUUCAUAUCAGUCAAUACUUCUCCAGGUUUCCUAAGUGGAUUAGUUCCUGUCUAUGUGAUCUCACCCACUUGGAUAUAAAAGUUGAAAAGAUGGAGCAAGAAUAUCUACGCAUUCUUGAAGAUCUGCCUGCCAUCCGUUCGCUAUACCUUUUCGUAAAGCAAGUUUCUGAAGACGGGCUCAUCAUCAGUCGUGGUGCAUUCCGAUGUCUAAGUCGUUUCGAAUUCUGUAAUAUAGAUGGACCUGGUUUGAUAUUUGAAGGAGGCAUGCGAAUGCUAGAAUGGCUUAGGCUCGGAUUCGAUGCAGAUAAAGCACAAUCAACAUAUGGCAGUUUGGAGGUUGGCAUCCACCACCUCUCAUCUCUCAAACAUAUUGUGCUCAUUGUCUGGAUGAUUUCUGAAGGUGGUAAUGAUCCAGUGGAGGAAGCUGUCAAGUCUGUCAUCAGUGGCCUAAAGAUGCUCCCCAACUCUCCAACGCUUGAUAUCAGAUUUCGUAGACGGAGUCGGCUGGCAGGCACAGAAUAA